AUGUCUUCCGUCCCAGUGGACCCCGAAUCGUUUGGUUCAGUCCAUUGUUGGCUGAAGAGGUCACUUUCGCGCUUAGAAUUGCGUGGUUCUGAGGCCCCUGUGUCGGUUGAUGGUCGAGACUCUGUCCCCUUUUCAAUGCGAGGCCGCUUCCGACUACCAAGGUCCGAAUUGGUAGACUGGGAGGUUGCCGUCUCUACGGUCUCUGCUUUAUGCUUUCUGGAGGCGGAUGUGGAUUAG